CACAGGCACAUACAGACAUGCAUACACAUGUACAUACACAGAAAUACACACGCACAGACACAUGUACAUACAUACACAGACACAUGUACACACAGACACGUGUACAUACAUACACACAAACACACACACACAUACAUGUACAUUACACACAGACACAUGUACAGAUACACACAUGUACAUACACACAGACACAUGUACAAUUGUACAUGCAUACACAGACACACACAAACACACACACACACAAAAAAAGUUGCAGUACUUCGUUGUUCACUCACAGAGCCAGGUACUGCACUCUAGGGGGAGGCAGAGAGCACAUCACACACUCCUUCCUUUGCUUUCACUGCGCUCAGCUAUUGAGCAGUCUGACAGCUCCCAGUGCCAAUGACAGAUCCGGACUGAGCUCCGAGCCUGCUCAGCAAGACGGCCCUGGGGGACACGCUUGCCCCCACCAUAAUUUCCACUCGCCGUUGGCGAGCAGGCGAAUGGAAAUUUCAAGCCCUGGCCUA